AUGACAUCUGACAACUCUUAUGUACAAAUUCAAGUUGAAAACGAAAUUACAACCGGGAAGACUCCAGAUAAAAAUACAUUAAAAAAAUUUUCAGAAAUUGUUUGCUCGCCUAAUAUGCAACAUGUAGCUGUGUUAGACGAAGAUUGCAAUAUUACUUUUUGGUUUAUUGAUAUUAAAAACAAAUCUCCGAAGAAUGUUAAAAUAAUUAAUAUUGACAAUAUUUGUGCAAAAGCAAAAGGAGAUAGGUUAUUUGCAAUUUCAGAUAACAUGCUUACUUCAAUUGGUCUUAAAAGAGUCAAUCCCUACAACUUUAAAAUUUUCGAUUAUAAAACUGAAGAAGAGGUAUUGCUGACCUUUCCGGAUUGGCAAACGGAAAUUGACUUCUUGUCCUUUACUGAUAACGGAAAUAUUAUAAUGGUCAAUACCAGAUAUUACAGAGCAUAUGUUUUUUCAAAUAAAAAAAAAGAAUGGAUUUGUAAAACAAUGAUUGAGUUGAAAUAUUUUAAAAAAAUUUAUAUUACACCUAAAGGCAAAUUGAUCAUAUUUAAUGAUACAAUUUAUGAGAUCACAAUAUGGGACAUUAAAAACUUAUCAAUUAAAACUCGUAUUUUAGUAGAAUGGCAUUAUAUAUUUGAAUCUAUAGAAAUCAGUGAUGAUGAAGAAUUACUAAUAGUAAGCGCCAAACAUGAGAAAAUUAAAAAAACACGUUUAUAUGUCUUUUCCACCGAAACUGGGAUAAACCUAGCAUUUUUUGAUGCACUACUAUUUGUUAUCGAUAGAUUUCACUUAAUCGCUUCUAAAAAAGGAGAAAGAUUACUUUAUGUAUUAGACGAUCCACCAGAUAAGUAUUAUAAUAUAGUGGAUCCUUACAAUCUAACAAAUCCAAAAGAUAUGAGUGACUUUUUUGAAAAUAACCAGAUUCAAGAACCAUACGUAAUUCAAUCAGACAAGAUAGUUUAUAUGACUGAUGGGAAUUUGUCAAUCAAAGAUUUAGUGCCUGAUAAUUCUGAUGACUGGAUGGAAUACUUACGAAAAGAAUUGAAGGACACAAACAGCAUUACAACACUAUCUGAAAAGAGAACUAAAAUUAUAAAGAAUAUAUUAAAUAAUAACUAUAAUAAAUAUAUUUCUGAUAACGAAGAAUUUUCAGGGCAUUAUUUAAAAUGGGGAUUAGAAUUAGACAGAAACUCAGUAAUACUUACAGUAACUGACUUUAACUAUCGCAAGAAGAAUUGGAAUCCUAAUCACAAAAAAAACCGACUAGAAAUUCUUCCAUCUUUUCAUCAGGAUGGAAAAAAGUUUAUAGCACACUGUGAAAUUCUUGAUAAUGAUGAUUUUAUUAUGAUUACACGUAUUGGAGUAAUUAUAUGGACUUUUAGAUUAUCUAUAGCCACUAAGACAAAAAGCAUUAAGAUGCAUUAUUAUUGGAAUGAUUGUAAUGGCGAUUUAGAGAAAUUCGUAUCUGAUCAUAAUGGUCGUUUAAAGGAAUUUGACUUCAGUGACUUAAAAUCUAAAGAUCUGACUUCAGAAAGAAUUCUCCCUAAUUCAAGUUACGAAACCAUCUGUAGAAAUUUAGAUAUUGAAUUUGGUGAAAAACAAACACUUUUCCGAGAAUUUUUAAAAGAUAAUAUUUUUGACGAAUUUUAUUUAAUUUGCUAUGGAAAAAUUCUUAUGGCAACAUUUAUCUCAUUAAAUGAUGAUAAGUGGAUUAGAACUUUAGGGAACAACUGUAUAGAAAAAUGCAUGCAAGAAAAUUAUCAUUUGAUAUUUAAAAUCUCUUUGCUGAGUAUUAUUUUUGAUUUUGAUAACUUUAUUGAAUUAUCGGAAAAUCAUCCUGCAUUUAUAUUCUCUACUUUAUCUAUAAUAUCAUUUGUAGUUCCUUCGAUUGACAUAAAUCCAAAAUUAAUUUCACAUCUUUCCAGUUAUGGUAGAUACUGCCAUUUAUCUAAAACAUCAUUUAUUAAUAGAUUUACAUCUAAUAUUUGUAGCCAUCGUUUGAUAAGUAGUAAUAAAAAUUUAGUUAUAAAACCAGAUAAAGAUUAUGAUCUUAUAGAUGAUAAAUCAUCAAUAACGGUGCUUGCAUUUCCUCUGCCAAACUUUAUUUCUUAUCCAAAAGAUUAUAGUUUUUGGAAAGAAUUAGUGCAACCUGCUCACAAUUGUUUUACAUAUACAAAUAGGCUCAAAAUGAUAAAUGAAGAAUUUUAUUCAUAUUUAAAUGGAGAAGCACUGCUAGGUUUUAAAUGGAAUACUUAUGGGAAGAAAUAUUAUUUAACAAUUUGGGCAAUUUAUACAGCUUUUCUUUGUAGUUUUAUCAUUGCCGCAACAUAUUUUAAAAAUUUCUCUCAGACAAGUUUAUAUAUUCUUUUAAAUAUAACUAUUUGUCUUGGAAUUUGGCAUUUAAUUUUUGAACUCCGCCAAUUUAUUUACUCUCCAAAAAGAUAUAUAUCUGGCUUUUGGAAUUUCUUUGAUUUAUGUGCAUUUUUAUUACCAACAAUAUCAUCAAUUAUAUGGCUUCAAAGAAAUGUGAUUCCAACUUCAAUGGCUACUAUUUCUAUUUUGCUAUUAGAAAUUAAAUUUCUUUUAUUUUUUCGUGCAAUUGAAUUUUCCGGUGUUUAUUUCGCUAUGAUACUAAAAGUAGCUCAAAAAAGUUUUUCAUUUUUGGUGAUAUUAGGAUUAGUUAUAUUUGCCUUUGCACAUUCAUUACAUAUUUUAUUGCGCUAUUCUACUGAUCCGUGGAAUUCAACUACAACUUAUAAUGCUAUAGAACCUGAUGGUACAAUUGACGAAAACUCAUCACUUAUAGAACCUUCUACUACGUCUACUAAUAUGUUUAUGUCAAUUGGCUCAUCAAUUUCAGCUGUUUUUAUUAUGUUAACAGGAGACAGAACACCAAUUUCUUAUUGGGAAUUAAACGAUAACCCCACUUUACUUAUUUUAUCAAUCGUAUUUUCUUUCAUUGCAACUAUUUACCUGAUGAAUUUAUUUAUUGGAUUACUUACUGAGGCUAUAUUUGAAACUACAAGAGAAUCAUUUUUAAUUUUAAAGGCCGAGCAUGUAAUAGAUACCCAAAAAGAAAAUUGGAAAGGUUAUAAAAAGCCACAACUUUCUGAAGGCCUCGAUAAAGUUCUUCUACUCCCUAAAAAACAACCUGACCUCGAACAAAUUGAGAGUGAAAUUAAAGAACUAAAAGAAUCACAUAAUCAGGCAAUUAAAACGAUAAAUAUUAUUAAGGAACUAAAAGAAUCACAUGAUCAGGCAAUUAAAACGAUAAAUAUUAUUGCCAACAAAUUAGCAAUAAAUAAUAUUUAG